AUGGAGAAGAUACCAAGAGGAAAGCGCGCCAGUGAAAACCAAAAAGAGUUUUUAAUAAAUUAUCUAGAAGACAAUGUACACAUUGCAAACGAUAAGUUUAUGACGGCAGAUGGUGCCGAAUCUCGCGAAGAAAAGUGGAAAGAACUAGCGGUGAGCCUUAAUGCUCUUGGCGGCACUCAAAAGGAUGGUGCAAAAUGGAAGAAGUAUUGGAGCGAUUUAAAACUUCAUACUCGCACAAAAUAUAGUAAGGCAGGCAGAGCAGAGAAGUGGUAUAAACGGUUUGAGCCGGGCCAAAGCACUGUCACCGCUGGAAGAGCGCAUAAUUAAGAUUACAACUGUGCAGGCAGUCGAUGGUGAUGAAACGGGCGAAGUGGGCUUUGAAGCACUCGACAUGGCAGAGGCUUCUCACAAUCUCGCUGACAUUGUGGAGAAGACAUUCGAAGUUGUGGCUGAAUGCGAGUUAGAUGGUACUGCAGCCGCAACCACAUUGGAAGAAGCAACUACGUGUCCAAUGAUGGGGGCGAGCACCUCAACUGCUGCAGCAAUAAGAGGCAGCACAGCAGCAGCAUACUUGCACUGCUAUACCAUUUUUACGUAAAAAUCAAAACCCAACAGAAUUCUACAUGUUAUGCGUUGGGUAACCGCUUACACGCAAAGUCCAUUCGCCAGAUUCUUAUGUGCCAAUUCUCCUGCAAAGCUAAGUAUGCAUAACUGGGCUAUUAGGAAAAGAGCCU